GGCCUGGAAGAGGGCGAAAGAAAUGGAAGGCGAAAUGUUUGGAGCCGGAAAGGGCGGAACAGAAGGUGAGGCGCCUGUAACUCAGGAGCCUGGUUCAAGAAGAGCGCCUCAUGGGGCAGCAGUACAUCAAGAUGAAAGGGUGCCACUUGAAACUAAUCAAGGCGGAGCAGUACCUACUACUCCCGGAACUGGUAAACAUGAAGCUGAGGGCGCUGAGCAGCCUGUAGAAGGAUUUGUGUCUCCAGAAGCCGGAAAAUCUGAAGCUGAAGGCAUACCAUUCGAAACCCAGGAACCUGGAGGAGAAGGUACAAUUCCUGAAGCUGGAAUGCCUGAAGCUGAAGGUGGGCCAAUCGGAAAUGAGGUGCCCGGAGCAGAAGGUGCGACACCGGAAGCUAGAAUGCCAGAAACUGAAGGUGAGCCAUUCGGAACUGAGCAGCCUAUUGAAGAGAGAAUUGCUCCUGAAGCUGGAGUAACUGAAGCUGAAGGUGUGCCAAUCGGAAAUGAGGUGCCC